AACUCUGAAGCUCUGGAAUAACAGAGGAGAAACAGACUGGACACACCAACAACGAGUUCUGGAAAACAGAGAGAGAGAAAAGAGAAGAGAAGAGAGAGAGAGAGAGAGAGAGAGGGAGAGAGACAGAGACAGAGAGAGAGACAGAGAGAGUCAUGGGACCUUUGAGAUUAUAAACUCGUUGUUUUUGCUACUGUAUAAAAGGUUACCGAACAACAACAUCAAUUGGACUACUAAACUACUAACUAGGAUUUUGUCUAGCUGGUAUGGAUAUAUCUGAGUCUAGUUUCUGUUGUGAGGCCAGUUCUCUGCCAGGCCAGGAUGGAGCCGGUCAGCGUCCAUGGGUGUCUUCCCCCAGCCCGGGUCCUGAUCGUGGGCUAAGACCCUUCGACCAGACCCCCCUCUCUGAAGGAUCUGGAGACUGUGGCCCCACUGGGUCCCGUAAAGAGGCCGGUACAGGAGCCCCAGGGAGUGGAACAUGGACAGGGGCAGGUAGUCCUGACUCGACCCACCCAGGAGCACCUUCCUUGGGUAGCGGUGAAGGGAAGCCAGGGGGUGAGUCGAGGAUCCGUCGGCCCAUGAAUGCCUUCAUGGUGUGGGCUAAAGACGAGAGGAAACAACUGGCAGUUCAGAACCCAGACCUCCACAAUGCUGUCCUCAGCAAGAUGCUGGGUCAGUCGUGGAAGGCCCUGACUACUCUGGACAAGCGUCCCUUCGUUGAGGAGGCCGAGAGACUCCGACUCCAACACCUGACGGACCACCCCAACUACAAGUACCGCCCCCGUCGCAAGAAACAGGCCAAAAAGCUCAAACGGGUGGAACCGGGGCUACUGCUCCACAGCCUAGCCCAGGGAGAGACAGGGGAGGUCUAUGGACACCCACAGGAUAGUUAUGUACAUCCAGGCCACCAUCACCCCCAUCACCACCUCUUGCCUCCUCUCGUCCACUUUAGGGACCUUCACUCAGGGGACCUGGAGAGCUACGGCCUUCCCACACCGGAGAUGUCCCCCCUGGAUGUGAUGGAGGAGACAGGAGGGGACGGAGGGGUGUUCUUUCCCCCUCACAUGCAGGAGGACACGGGCCCGCAUGGCGCUUGGAGUAACUACCAUCAUUAUAACAAACACCAUCACCACAACCCUCACAACCCUCACAGUAAUCACCCCCGUUCUUUUAGUCAGAGUCAGGGUCAUAGUCAGGGGCAUAGUGGUCAUGAUCAUCAUCUUAGCCAGAGGGGCGCCUUGCUCUGUCGUCGUCCCCAGGAGAAGGGCCUCAACCUGGCUCCAGAGCCUACGAACUCUCCCAGUCUGUACUCUAACCCCCAGGGCUCCUCUAUAAGCCUGUCUGAGCAAGUCAAACCUCAUCUUUCUAUCAGUAGUUCCUCUGUGUCCUCUGGUUACUAUAGUUACCUGUAUAGUAGCUCUGGAUCAGACACCAACCAGUCAUCCCACUUCACCUCUCACCUGGGGCAGCUCUCUCCCCCACCUGAGUCCUUAACCCUGUCCCCUACAUCCAACCCCUUAGCCCCCCAGUCCCUGGACUCUAUACGGGACCAGCCAGGCCAUGGUUCCUUAGGUCCUACGUCAACAGAGUUCUGGACAGAAGUGGAUCGACAUGAGUUUGACCAGUACCUCAGCGCCAGCCGAACUCGGACGGAGGAACGUGGGGGUACUCUCAUCCCUGUUUCUAAUUCUUUGGAACGGUACGGGGGUGGAGCUGUAGCCUUGAGGAGGAGCCCCGUCGCCUGUGAGGAGAGCCAGAACAGUCCUCUAAUUUCACUUCUGUCUGAUGCUAGUAGUGUUGUCUACUACAGUACCUCUAUCACUGGCUAGACUCCUGGUCUUAGACUGACGUAGUGUUCAGAUGUUCGCUGUAGUCUGGAAUAGUCCAGUACAGCCUACCAGACCUGUGGCUCAACGGUAUGUUAACAAAAAUAUACACACUUUUAAUUCUUGAAUGAUGUAGUUUGCACUACGAAAUAGUAACAGACGUGCAAAACACUCAACUUCGGCAAGCACACCUCAACAACAAGCAAACAAAAACGUUCAAGUAUUUGAAAGAAUUGGACUUUGAAGUAUUUGACACAGGUCUACAGAGGAGGACUUGAUGACUUUCAGCCUAAGAUUGUUUUAUAGUCUGCAAACAGACUACUGCAGACCACUAAAGAAUACUGAGCUCUUCUACUUACAUGCCCAGACAGGCAGAACAUUUAUAAUGACAAAACUGCUCGUUUUUAUUAUAGCCAUUGUUAUACACUUCCUGUUUCCUGUUGAUUGUGUUAUUUGUGUUGAAUUAUUUGCACUGGGUCAAAAACAUGUGCAUAGGAAGACCACUAGGGUAUAUCCCUUUGGGUAACACAUUCUCUUGACAAUCCAUCUUGAGAUGCUUCUUCAGACCAUUUACAAGCUAUCAGAAACAUUUCAACUAACUGUCUACUAUCCCUAACCCUUAUCCUAACCUUAACCCUUAUCCUAACCCUAACCUUAACCCUAACCCUUAUCCUAACCCUAACCCUUAUCCUAACCCUAACCCUUAUCCUAACCCUAACCUUAACCCUAACCCUUAUCCUAACCCUAACCUUAACCCUAACCCUUAUCCUAACCUUAACCCUAACCCUUAUCCUAACCUUAACCCUAACCCUUAUCCUAACCUUAACCCUAACCCUUAUCCUAACCCAAACCUUAACCUUAACCCUAACGCUUAUCCUAACCUUAACCCUAACCCUUAUCCUAACCCUGACCUUAACCCUAACCUUUAUCCUAACCCUGACCUUAACCCGUACCUUUAUUCUAAACCUAACUGAAACCUUAGCAAGCAGUUGCUCAGCAACAGAUAGUUUGUUGAUAGUAUGACCGUCUAUAGACCAUCUAUAGAACAUCUGUAGACCAUCUAUAGACCGUCUGUAUCUAUAGACCAUCUGUAUCUGUAGACCAUCUAUAGAGGAUCUGUAUCUAUAGACCAUCUGUAUACCAUCUACAGACCAUCUAUAGACCAUAUAUAGACCAUCUAUAGACCAUCUGUAGAGGAUCUAUAUCUAUAGACCAUCUGUAUACCAUCUACAGACCAUCUAUAGACCAUCUGUAGAGGAUCCAUAUCUAUAGACCAUCUGUAUACCAUCUACAGACCAUCUAUAGACCAUCUGUAGACCAUCUAUAGAGGAUCUGUAUCUAUAGACCAUCUGUAUCUAUAGACCAUCUGUAUCUAUAGACUAUCUCUAUCUAUAGACUAUCUGUAGACCAUCUGUAUGGGUAGACUAUCUGUAUCUGUAGACCAUCUAUAGACCAUCUGUAUCUAUAGACCAUCUGUAUCUAUAGACCAUCUGUAUCUGUAGACCAUCUAUAGACCAUCUGUAGACCAUCUGUAUCUAUAGACCAUCUGUAUACCGUCUGUAUCUGUAGACCAUCUGUAUCUAUAGACUAUCUGUAUACCAUCUGUAUCUAUAGACCAUCUGUAUACCGUCUGUAUCUAUAGACCAUCUGUAUCUAUAGACUAUCUGUAUACCAUCUGUAUCUAUAGACUAACAGUAGACCAUCUGUAUCUAUAGACCAUCUGUAGACCAUCUAUAGACCAUCUGUACACCAUCUGUAGACCAUAUGUAGGCCAUCUGUAGACCAUCUGUAUCUAUAGACCAUCUGUAGACCAUCUAUAGACCAUCUGUAUCUGUAGACCAUCUGUAUCUAUAGACCAUCUAUAGACCAUCUGUAGACCAUCUAUAGACCAUCUGUAGGCCAUCUGUAGACCAUCUGUAUCUAUAGACCAUCUGUAGACCAUCUAUAGACCAUCUGUAUCUGUAUACCAUCUGUAUCUAUAGACCAUCUGUAGACCAUCUAUAGACCAUCUAUAGACCAUCUGUAGACCAUCUGUAUCUAUAGACCAUCUGUAUCUGUAGACCAUCUGUAGACCAUCUGUAUCUAUAGAUCAUCUGUAUCUGUAGACCAUCUAUAGAGGAUCUGUAUCUAUAGACCAUCUAUAUACCAUCUGUAGACCAUCUGUAUCUAUAGACCAUCUGUAUCUGUAGACCAUCUGUAGACAAUCUGUAUAUAUAGACCAUCUGUAUCUGUAGACCAUCUAUAGACCAUCUAUAGACCAUCUGUAUCUGUAGACCAUCUGUAGACCAUCUAUAGACCAUCUGUAUCUGUAGACCAUCUGUAGACCAUCUAUAGACCAUCUGUAUCUGUAGACCAUCUGUAGACCAUCUAUAGACCAUCUGUAUCUGUAGACCAUCUAUAGACCAUCUGUAUCCAUAGACCAUCUGUAGACCGUCUGUCCAGAUAAAGUGUGACCAAACGUUGUAAUGAAACCGUUUUUAAAUGGGACUAUAUAGUUUGCAGAUGAAGAUAUCAAGGCCAUGUGACUGUACCAGGUCUGCAGUAGUAGUUAGGAGUUUAUUUUGAACAAAGUUGUACUUUUUCUAUUUACAUCAAACAGUUGAAUAAUCAAAUGAAUCAUAUUUUAAUUUCAGUCACCACACAUGAAAGGGCAAUCUGGGAUUAGGGAAUCAAUUGAAGGACUUUUAAAUGAAUGACAUAUAGCCUUUGUACCAAAAAGGGUUUGUUGUUGUUUGUUUCCCAGAAUGCCCCUGUCAAGACCAUGUUGAGCAGGUCAUAAAUCAUGUCCUUUUGGUAAUAAUUAUAAUAUAAUAAUUAUCUUUGAACAAAAAGCAAAGUUUGGAAUAAAACAAACUACACCAUCUCUCUGCAAUGAAAUACCAAAAGUCAAAAUAAAAUGCAUUAUUUCAUACAGUAUGUCAUUGUAAUUAUAACAAUACUGUGACUUGGGAUUAUUUAAAAAAAAAAAACAUUUUAUACUUCAGUUGUUGUUGUUUUUAUUGAAAAGGGCAUUUUUAAAUGAAUUAUGUUGCUUUAAAAAAUAUUUUACAUAAUAAAAUGAAGUUAUUUCUAGAA